CCCGGGCAGGUCGCCGGCGGCGGCAGCAAUGGCGGCCCCCUUGUCCGAGCGGCUGUUCUCGCUGGAGCUGCUUGUGGACUGGGUACGCCUUGAAGCCGGGCUGCUGCCGCCGCCCGUGGUCGCGGUGGAAGAGCAGGAGCAGGCGGAGGAGGAGGAGGAGGAGGAGGCAUCGCCGCCGCGGCCCUCGCGUGGCCUGUGCCCCGCCGUGGCCUUCCGCCUGCUGGACUUCCCCACGCUGCUGGUUUACCCUCCCGGCGGCCCCGCAGCCCCCGCCCCGGAACCUCGGCCCGGCCUGGUCAGCUUCGGUCGCGGCAAGUCCUGUCUGUUCCGCCUGCACGGCGCCACCUUGCACCGCCUGCUGCUUCGGACGCCGCUUUACGCCUUGCUGCUGCAGCUGCCCCCUGGGCGCCCGACUGCCGCCCCGCAGCUCCUAGGAGCCUGCAGCAUCUCGCUGGCAGCCGCGGUGCACAAGGUCCUGGGGCCCGCCGCCUCCGGCUGCUCCCAGGGUCAUCGAGGGAGUUUCCCUCUGCAUGACCGGGAGGGGAAGCGGACUGGGGACAUUGCCUUGGGCUACCGCCUGACCGAUCUGGGAAGCAGCCUGCUGGGCCAUCUGGAGCGGCCAGUCACUUCCACAGGAGGUGGAGUGGCGGGUGCAGAGGUGCAGAAAGCAGUAGAGGUCAGUUCCCAAACCUUGCCGGGGAGACAGCAGCUACAGCUGCCAAACUCAGAGCCAAGCCCAAGAGAUGCUGAUAAGCCUCUGGUGGAUGUAAAAAUCUCAGGGGCACAGAAGGAUUUGAAGGAAAAAGUUUUCCACAGCAAGACCAACUCUGAUAACACAGGUUCUGUGGAGAAUGGCAAAACUAGCUGUGUUAUUUGUUCAAGCGGUAGCAGCAAGAAAAGUGUUAGCCCCCCAAAUCAGGAAGUCACAGAGUUGGAUGUUGAAACCAACAUAAUUUGCCCUCCUCCUCUGUAUUACACGCAUCUGACCCACAAAAAGGCACCUCCUAAACAGGGUAAAAUCACCAUUGAGCCCCAACUGAAUGCAGCUGAGGAACUGGAUGAUACUUUUCUGGCAGGAAAACUUGUAAAUCCCCCAGCACAUACUAACCCUCUAGAACAUACAAAUUCUGCAGCACAUGAGAGGCCUCCAGUGCUUAUAAAUCCUUCACACGUUCAGGAUAUAGGAGCAAGUAAUCAUACUACAGAUCAUUCUCAAACUGAACAAAAUAGAAUUAAUACUAUAAGGCAGCUGCCUUUAUUAAAUGCUUUGUUGGUUGAAUUGUCCCUGUUAUACAACCAACCCGUGGCAAGCCCUACUCAUACACAUCCUCACUUAGCCUGGUUAUAUAGAACUGAAGAUAAGAAGUCACCAGAAUCUUCUGCUAAAUCCACAUGUAAAUCUGAAUCUAAGGAUAAGCUUUCUGUGGGGGGAAAUGAAAAGUCAGGGAGUCUUCUGUAUAAAAAGAACGAAAGUGAAAAUCUUAAGAAAGCUAAGUGUUUUGAAAAGAAAGGUGGUACCCCCCAAAAAAGAGUUCCAAGGGGGAAGCUACUUUAUGGCUUAACAAAUACACUAAGAUUGCGUUUAAAGCAAACAAAUCCUGAUAUGUUGGUAGUACAUGAAAAGAGAGAACAGUAUAGAAAAAUGCAAGCACAGAUAUUAGGUGCAAAACUCAGAAUUUCAUCAUCCAAAGUUAAGGUAGUAAAUUUUGCAGAGCAACAUCAGAAGCCACAUCAACUGCCUAAAGAUAAGUAUUUAGAAUCAGAUGCAUCUUUUGCUGAAAAUAGUGGUACCUCAAAGCAAGUUAGUGUUGCUUUUGAUGACCCCAGCAUGACUAAAGAAACUCAGCUGAAACGUGCAACUGAAAAGACAGUUGAUUGUGGUGAAAAUGGAACCAGUAAUGAUUUAUUGGAAGAAAUUGUGAGUCCUGCAGACUCCAUUGUCUCAGAAAGGUUUAUCCAUACAAAUACGGUGGAAGGAAAAGUGGAAAUGAAAGCCCCAAGUCUGUUUGUUUUCCAGCAGGAUGCAGCUGUUGACCAAAGCAUAGUAGGUAAAGAAAUAGAUGACAGGCAGGGCAAAGUUACUGAUAAUGACAUUCCUACUGCUGAUAGGAGUGAAAAUAGUCCAAGUAAAAGCAGUUGCUCCAAAAGCAUCUCAGAACUAAAGUCUUCAGGUGACUUCACCAGCCCUUGCUAUUCUGAAGACACCAGCAGAAUUUUACAAGCUCAUGACAGCAGACACAGUCAACACACGAGUCAGUCUAGUGAAACAAGACCGUCCAUGAGGAAAAAUGGCAGUGAGAAGAGUUCUAUUCUUAGCCCACCUUUUUCAGCUGGAUCACCAGUGCUCUCACAUAAAAGAUUCCAUAUUUCAAAGACUCAAGGUAGAAGUUUGGAGGAAGCAUCUUAUGUCUCUACCAGUGACUUCUCCUUAUCCCAUUGGACUGAGGAAAAAGAAAACCAGAUAGACCAAAAUAGUAUGCAUAAUUCUAAAGUUAUAAAGAGGGAUCAAGACAUUUCUACUAAACUUAAGUCAAGAACUGAUCGCAAGUCCUCAGAAAAAAGCCAGUCACCUCGAACAUCUCAAGUGAGUUCUUAUCUGCCUUCUAAUUUGUCGGAACUAGAACUUAACGUCCUAGAUAGCAGCCCUUCAGAUCACUUUGAAGAAGACAAUGAUGACAUUUAUUCACUAAACAUUUCCAAGCAAUGCAAAGAUAUUUGCGAAUUGGUAAUAAAUAAACUUCCAGGAUAUACAGUGUAAAAAUAUGUGCUUUUAAAUAACGUUUAAUGUUUUAUAACCUGUGUAUGCUGUUAGUGAAACAGUUUUUAAUAGCUCUACAUUAUUUUCAUUACAUAAGUUUAUGUGAAUAAUUCUUUUUCAGAAUAUGUGUUUGUCAUUCCUUCGGUGUUUAAAUAGUAUUCUACCGUUAAAUCUGACAAGAUUGAUCAUGAAACCACUUUAUAACCUAGGUAAGAUUUAAGUUGUUUAAUAUUAUGAGAAUAAAAAUAUCUUCUUAAACUGUCUCUAUUAAGUAUCCCAAAGUAUCAAUCACCCUAGAGCUGACUUCAUACACACCAUUGAAAAAAGGCUAGUUAAGAAGGAUCGCCUCAAGUUUUAAUGGAGAUAAAUUGUUUAACAAAUAUAGAAGACUGACUUCUGUAAGACUUACCUUACAGAAAGGUGCAGAAGAAUGUAGGACAUAGCCCUCGCAGUUGUAAGAGCUUACUGUUUUAUAUAAAUAUUCUUUAGGGGAAUCUUUCUGGACACAUGCACAUUCCAUAUCUCCAAUAGGUGAAAUCUUUUUUAUAUGCUGUCAUAGUUCUCUGUAUGUUUUUCUAAAUCACAAUUUUGGUGUGUGUGUGAUUGUUUGACUAAUGUUUAGCUUAUGAUAGGCUUGAGUUCUGUGAUGGAAGGAACCGUCUCUGUUUCGUGCACGGAUAUGGUCUUAUAUAGCACAGAUUCUGGCAUGUGGCUGGGGUGCAGUAAAAACAUUUGUUGAACAAAGAAAUGAUGGCCAUGCACUUAAAAUAUCUAAUGGGAGGGAUUAGAAUUAAGCAGUAAAAACAACCAGAAGUCCUAAAAAUGUCCUUUUGGAGACAUGGUUAUUUGAUGGUAGUAUUUUUGUUUCGCUGAAUAUCGGCAUCCUUGAGGUCUUCUCUGAAGUAUUCAGAGAAGGGACCUAAAAAAAAUUGUCUUCUUGUAUAGUUUCUCGUAUGUAAAUUCAAUUUAUUGUCAUUUCAGCUUGUUCAAUAGUUAUUUUUAGGGUAUGAAAGUUUGUAUUUAUGAAGUCUGGUGGUAAUUUCUUCCAGUGAUUUUAUACUUAGACCUCACUCCGUGUUCAAAUAUUUACAAAUGUUUUCUUCUAUGUAUGUUACAUUUUUAAUUUUUACACUUUUUUUAAUAUAACUAGUAGUUUUCGAUGUAUGAGAUAAGACCCUAAUUUUCCUUCCUUUAGAAGUAAGUAAAUAGUUAUGUAAGUGUUAUCUUUUGAAUGACCAUAAUAAUAGAAUUUAGAUAGAUGGUAAGAGGUGAGGAUAGUAUAUUUUAAAGGAACAAAAUGAAUAAAUCGAUGCUGAGACUAAGCAUGAUGUAUUCGUGGGACUGUGAAACUCUUGUCUUGAUUAGAAUGGUAGAAUCAUACUACAGAGUGGUAGAAAGAAGAUUUGUUGAGUAAGAAAAGUCCCAGAUUACAGGGAGCUUCAAAUGCCAAGCAUAAUAGUAAAGUCCUAAGCAGUAGAAACAAUAGUAUUUUAAUUUAUAAAUGAGCACCAGUAAGUAGUCAGUGAGGUCUGAAUAUUUUAAGUUAUUGAAAUAGUUAUGUAGAGGUACAGAAAGUUCUGAAAUAUGAACUGUUUUUAACAGCUAAUGACUAUGAUCUUAAUUUUGUGGUAAAUGUAAUGUAGAUAGUAUAUCAAGUCGCAAAAUCAAAAUAAUUUAGUGGUAGGUGCUGAAGCUAGAUAUUCAAAUGACGUCAAUGUGGUCUAUAAAUUGUUACCAGUUUUCCAUGAUUAUGGAGGAGACAAAAUAUAAGCAAUAUCAGAAUCAUCAGAGAAAUAAUUCUUUUAAAACUUUUAUUUAAAGUCGUCUGAUGAGAACAGGUGAGGGAAGUGAUGAAUUCAGUGUCUUUAAGGUACAACAAAGACUAAAGAACUAAUGAACUUUAAAUCACAAGAUUGAGUGAGUGAAUAAACUUCUCUUUGAGUCA